CAUUGUUCAAAAUAAUUCAUAAGUUUAGACAUCUCAAAAUCAGACAUAACCUAUUUAUUUGACUGUUUUUCAAUGAAUAUUUUCAAGUUGAGGUUUUUGUUUUUAUCUUAAUAUUUCAGAAAGAAAUAAUAUUAUUGGAUAAUUACAGUGAUAUUUAUUGCAAUUUGGUAGAAAAUGUCUACUAGAAAACGUAGUACUUCAAUAUCUCGCCGUCAAUUGAAGGAGAAAGUUGUUCAAAUUUAUGAAUCCCUGCUAAAAGGAGAAGAACAAUACAAGGAAAAUUUAUUUUUUUGGGAUGAACUCUUUCUUCUUAAGCCAAAGUUAUCAGUUAUAGAAACUGAAAUUCAAAAGUUGUCACCUGAACAACUUCUAGUUGCUAAAACAAAUAUUUCAUUAUUGAUAGAAAAAUGUAUAGAUACGCUGGAUCAUCAACACAGUAUUAGGAUUGUCAAUGCAUUGUACACUUUGUGUGGGUUGAUUCAAGCUUUAUUUUUGAAAACUACAGAGAUGAAAUUGAAUCCUAUUUCUUUUUUGGCUGAUUCUGAAAAUGAAGAUGAAAAAAUACAACAUUUACUCAGUUUAUGCCAAUCAAUCUUACAAGGAGAUUCUCCAGAAAAUAUGAAAGAACUAUGUCUUAAGUUACUUUUAUUAUUGACAACGUGUCAUGAUAAUAUAAAUGAAAAUCGUUUAAUCGAAUGUAUAAUGGGAUCAUCAUUAUUUGAACAUUUGAUACAACUUCUUUGUGAUGUGCCAACACGGCAAAAACAUGGUUAUAAUGUAGUUUUACUAAUAACGAUAUUAGUUAAUUACAGAAAAUACGACACAACUAAUCCAUAUAUUGUGAAAUUAUCAAUUCUGGACAAUGAAUUAGCCCUCAAUGGAUAUGGUCAAGUAAUUACAGCUUCUUUAGCAGAGUUUGUUAAUGGUUUUAACUGUGAACAAAAUGACAACCAAAACAGUUCUUGGCUAUCAUCAAUAACUAAUAUUGUCGGAAAUAUGUUUAUCUCAGAGGAAGGUACUGUUAGAAUACAGCAAAUGCGAGCAAAUAAUGCUUUAGUAUUGGCUUUAUAUGAAGCUGUUCAUUUGAAUAGAAAUUUCAUUACAACUUUAGCACAAACUCAGACUGAUUCAAGUUCUCCACCUUCCCCUUGUAAUACUUUAAGUGCUUUACAAUCAAGAACAGAUUUAUCAUUAUCUAAUAUAACUUUCGAUAUUACUAGUCAGCCUUCUAACCUAUUGGUGACAUUUUUCACUUACUGUUCCAUAGUUAUGCAGAAUACGAAGACAGAAUCUGGAAGUAAUACUGUGAAGCUGUGUUUUAUUAUAUUGGGAUGUAUUACCGAAGAUCAAUAUGCUAAUUCAUUAAUGCAUGAUGUUAGUUUAGCAUUCAAGGUACAUUUGUAUCGGUUACCUAUGCGGCAUAGAAAGAUAUUCCCCGAAAGGACAACUACUUCUCAGCCUUUAGUUUGUACAUUGUUAGAUCUUCUUAUAGAAUUUAUUUUGAGCCAUAUGAUGAAAAAGUUUCCUAUGGAACUAUACACUCUUUGUAUUAAUGUUAUCCAAAGAAUAUUAUGCUAUCAAAAGAGGUGUAAAAUAAGGAUAAAUUAUCACUGGAAAGACCUCUGGACUGCUCUAUUAUCUUUAUUGAGAUUUAUAGUACAGAAUGAAAACUAUUUAGCUAAAAAAAUGAAUAUUUUCAACUUAUGCUUGAUAAUUGUGAAUAUUUUAAAUUUCUUCAUUACCUAUGGAGAUACAUUUUUACCUACUCCUGGAAGUUAUGACGAAUUAUAUUAUGAAAUUAUAAGAAUGCAUCAGGUGUUUGACAAUGUAUAUUCAAUGGGAUUGCGAUACUCCACAAGUGAUGGCGAUUUCAAGAAUGAUGCAUUAAAAUUGAACAACAGUUUGAUAAAUGUGAGAGGAAUUAUCAAACAUUUCAAUCCAAAAAUUGAGAAAUGGUUAUCAGCAAAUGGAUUAUCCACUCCUACUGAACAACAGAUUUUGGAUAUUGUAAAAAAGAAUUAUGAUAGCUUGACGUUGAAACUUCAGGACUCUCUUGAACAAUAUGAAAGGUACAGUGAGAAGCCAAAACACGAACAGUUUUUCAGUCAUAUGAUUAAAACUAUUGUGAAUGAUACCCGUUGUAAUAUAAAUAUAAGCUAUGUAAAUGAACAAAGUCAAUAAAGUUAUAUAUUUCA